UAGUUGGCAAAACUGUGACAAAAUUUGAUACAAUAUCAGAACGUAGUUUAUCCUCAUUCCUCGGCUUGAGUGUAAAAAUUCCGAAUAUUCACGUAAUAAGGAAACUGGCAUCGAUUGUUCCUCGUGGUGAAUGAUCGUACCAAGAAUAAUACGAAUAAAAGAUUUAAUAAUACUUAUGUAGAAAUAAAGAGAGAAAGCAUGGUUUCGGUGAUGCAGCCAUUCAUGGAUGUUGAAAGUUCAAGGAGCUACAUCGAUGAGCUGUAUUCGCCGGAUCCUCAUAAAUGUUUACAAGCAAUUAUAUGCCUUAAAAAUUCUGUAAUUGGAAGCAAUAGACAAAAAGGUUCAGUGAUAGCACAAGGUGUAGUACCUCGAUUAUUACAAUUACUUGGUAAUACAUCUGGUCCACUCUCAGAGCGUAUACAGCUAGAAUCAGCUGUAACAUUAGGUUCUUUGGCUAAGGGUACUGAUCAACAUGUCUUAGCUCUUAUUGAUCUGGGUGUGGUACCAUUACUUCUUCAAGUUUUGCUUUCUAUGCCUAUCUCUGAUACCAAUGCAGAAGGAAAAGGAAAAAUUUUAGAUUUAUUAAAUGAAGCAUGUUUGCGUUGCUUACGUACUGUGUUCCAACACACCGCAGCACCUGUUCAUUCUAUAUACCAAGAUCCUGCUUUGGUGCCACGUUUAUUAUCAUUAGCAAGCAGAUCUGUUACUUGUCAAGUUUGUGUAGCAACCAUCUUAACAACGGCAUGUAAGACUGCGGAGGAACAAAAUGCCCUCUCUAAAGGAGGAGCGGUUGAAACAUUAGCAAUGCAACUCGAUUCGCCAUUAGCUGAUGUACAAUUGCCUGCAUUGGCUUGUCUUGCAAAUAUGUGCUAUCAAAAUCAUAUGGUGUCUGCUAUGGUUGCUGCAGCAACAACAAGUAAUACUCUUAGAGGUAAACUUGUGCCCGUAGCGUUAGGACAAUUGAUGGGACGUGAGAGAAGUUCAUUAGUCCAACUGGAAGCUGCAAGAUGUAUAGCAUAUAUGCAUAGAGCUGGUGCAUUACCGUCUACAGAUCCGAGAGUCGUAUAUCGUGCUUUACCUUGUCUUGUGAGACUUUGUCAUAGAGAUCGGCCACCACGAGAAAGAAUAGCCGCAGCAGAAACAUUAGCUUAUCUUACAGAAGUUGAUACUGAUUUGCAACGUUUAGCUUCUAUUAGUAAUCACCUUAUUCCAACAUUAGCCGAAUUAUUGAGACCACAUUCACAGGUACAAGAUGCGACAUUAACACAAGAUAUGCGCCAAGCUGCAUUUAGAGCUUUUGCUUCUCUUGGUGCUAAUGAUGAAGACAUUCGAAAGCGCAUCAUUGAAACAGAAAGUUUAAUGGAACAAGUUGUUUCUGGUUUACAAGAUCCUGGCGGUCCUCGAGUUCGUUUAGCUGCAGUUAGAUGUUUACAUUCUCUUUCUAGAAGUGUACAACAACUUCGUACAACGUUUCAAGAUCAUGCAGUUUGGAGGCCCCUUAUGCAAUUACUUCAUGGUGCAGAUAAAGGGUUGGAAGGUAGAACAGAAAGUGAAGAUGAUUUAUUGACCGUUGCCUCAAGCACUUUGUGUAAUUUAUUAUUAGAAUUCAGUCCAAGUAAAGAACCAAUUCUUGAAUCUGGUGGAGUAGAACUAUUGUGUUCUCUUACCAAACGACCUGAUCCAGCAUUACGACUAAAUGGCAUUUGGGCUUUAAUGAAUGUUGCUUUUCAAGCGGAACAACGUGUGAAGUCACAAAUAUUAUCUUGCUUAGGCACUGACCAAAUCUUUCGUCUUUUGGCUGAUCCAGAAUUAGCAGUUUUAAUGAAAACCCUUGGUUUGUUACGAAAUUUGCUUUCUACAAAAGCACACAUAGAUCGUAUAAUGGGUGAACAUGCAGCUCAUUUUAUGCAAGCAGUUAUAUUAGUAUUAGAAGAUCCAGAACACCCAGCGGAUGUAAAGGAACAAGCUCUCUGUAUUUUGGCAAAUGUAGCCGAUGGUGAUCGCGCCAGAGAUCAUAUUAUGGCUAAUGAGGAUGUUUUAAAGAAGCUAAUGGAUUAUAUGAUGCAUAGCAAUGUGAAGCUACAAGUUGCAGCAAUUUUUUGCGUAUGCAAUUUAGUGUGGAGAGAAGAACCUGGAGCAGCACAACGUCAAGCACGUUUAAAAGAAUUAGGCCUUUAUCGUAUUCUUCAACAAUUACGUCACACGAAAGAUUCUCAACUAUUUGAUAAAGUAAAAACUGCCAUGGCACAAUUCUACGAUGCAUGAACAUUGAUCAUGUUAAUGACGAAGGUUAGAUUUUAAAUUUGUGAAUUUUUUAUUUGAAUGAUAUUAUUUGAUGUAGAAUUAAUACUGUGAUCUUGUGCUUUUGUUAAUACAUAAGCAUCUUAAACCUACUGAAAUAAGGUGAAAAUAAUAUUUCUAAGCCUGAGCUUGUAGCUUAUUUACAUUAUAUUUAUUUUAUUUAAAGAAAAAGAAUUAUCUUAAAGAAUAAUCUAAGAAUGAACAUAUACCUUACGUAUAUAGGAGAGAGGGUAUGAAUGCUGCUUGGUACCUUCUGAGUACCUUAUAAACAAAAGUUUUUAAUUCGAGUUCUCGAUUGCAAUAAGAAAAAUCAAACAUUUAGAAACAUUACAAAUACAAGAGAAUAUGAGAGUGCUUAUAUACAUUCGAUGUUUCAGUGCAUCUUCUGGCAAAUUGUACUAUAAUCUUUAUAUAGUAAUCAAAUAAUACAUUUUAUUAUCGUGAGAACAAAAUUUUUUUUCAUAUAUUUUAAAUAAAUAUUUGACUGGUAGAUCUUAAUACAUGUUUGGAGCUUGUAUUAUCUUUGGUAGAGAGCUUGUAUGAAAAAUUUAUGAAAUGGAAAUAUAUCUCUUUAUCAUGGUUA